UCACCAUUGUUUUUUACUUCACUAAAUUGUCUCAAUAUAUAUAUAUAUAUAUCGAUGUAUGUAUCUUCUUUAGUUUCAAUUUGAAGAUUCUACUCAGCCAUCACUCCCACGCGCACACACACACACAUGAUCAUCAAUUAGUAUUGUUGUUAUUAGAAAAGAGCCAUCAUACAGUAGCUAGAUAUAUAGGAUCAAAUUAAGUUUGUCUGGGGUGGGCACCCAGGAUGAGCACCUUGAAAAGAAGUUUGCUGAAGAUCAUCCUCCUUGGGGACAGCGGCGUGGGGAAGACGUCUUUGCUCAAUCAGUAUGUACACAAAAAAUUUAGCGCGCAGUACAAAGGAACAAUCGGCGCUGAUUUCGUCACCAAAGAAGUGCAGAUUGACGACAAGUUGGUUACUUUACAAAUAUGGGACACAGCGGGACAGGAGAGGUUUCACAGCCUGGGCAUCGCCUUCUACAGAGGCGCCGACUGCUGCAUUCUUGUGUAUGAUGUUAACGUGCACACGACAUUCGAAAUGCUUCAGAAUUGGCUCCAGGAUUUCCUCAAACAGGCCAAGCCGCCUGCGAACCCAGAGACAUUCCCAUUUGUGGUUAUUGGGAACAAGGUGGAUGUGGAUGGUGGAAACAGCCGCGUGGUGUCGGAGAGAACAGCAAGAGAGUGGUGCAUGUCGAAGGCUGGCAUACCAUAUUUCGAGACAUCAGCCAAAGAAAAUUACAAUGUGGAUGCUGCAUUCUUCAAGGCAGCCCAGACCGCCCUCGCCAACGAUCCCAUAAACAUUUGGCAGCUGGAUGAAGAAAUGCCGUCCCAUUGUGAUCUCCAAAGGAUUCCAGAAUCAAUCUCUGGAACUGAACACUCAAGAGGAGGGAGAAGAUGCGCUUGCUAGCCACAAGUAAUUAGACGCAUAUAAUAUGAAUAUGAUCAUACCACUUUGCUAUACAAACACGUGUCACUAUUAAAUUUUUUAUAUCGUGCAUCACUAUUUCUUCUUC